CCAGAUCAUUUUGAUCUUGACUAUUUCCAUAACAAGUAUAAUGAUCGUUAUGGUACAAUGAUUAGAGAAGUGCAACCUACACAACUUAAAGUGAUGCCAUUCGCAUUUAAUCCAUCCGAAUACAAUAUUGCCAAAUCUCUUCAUUACUUUAAAAUUCUUACUCAACCUACUAUUGUCUGUUGUUACUGUCAAAAAUUCCAUACUCUCUUCACUUCUAGCAAUCUUAACAUCCCAUCUAGACAAGCUACUUCUCACCCUUCUUCUCAAAAAUCAAUGUAUAUGGAUAUUGAUAUUAUAUCUAAACAAGUCAAACAACUUAAAGAAAUUAUUCUUCAAUCACCUAUUACAAAAACAACUACUGUUCUCCCAUUACCAUUUCCUUUAAACUAUUCUACAACUCAACAAGGAACCUCAUCUA